AUGAAAAGCAAAUUUAAACAAAAAAAUAUUUUUAAGGGCCUCUCUUUAAAAGUUGUAAUUCAUUUGCUUCUUUAAAUCAAGCAAAAAUUAUUUUUGGGUACAAAUAAAAUUGAACAUUUUUAUGAUUUAUUUAAAGAAUAAACUCAUUAAUUUAUAAAAAAAAAGUCUAAUUAUAUUAAUUGCAAGAAAUGCUAAUUAAAAUUUAUUUAGUUAGAAAAGAGAGUCACUUAUUUAUUUUCACUUUUAUUUACAUUCAUUCUCUAUAAUUACUCAAUCAAAAUAUGCAGAUUAGGCAGAAAAUUAGUCUAGAAAAAAAUCUAUGAAAGAUGUUAAAAAUUUUCAUUAAAGUUAUGUUUCUUUGAUAUGACCAGAAAAGUAAAAUGCCCAUAUUAUUAAAUUGAUUAGUGCGAAUCGUGUAAAAAGGAAUAGACUCUAUUAGCAAAACAAUUAAUUGUGUAAUUGCAAAAUUUUAAAAUUUUCUAAAAUUCUCAUUAUUUAUUAGGUUUUGGCUUUUCUAAUUAUUGGGAUAAUUAUUCUGGUUUUAAUUUUAUCUUCUUAUUUAAAAUAAUUUAAUCAAUAUUAAGUACAAUUAAAGAUGGAUAUUCAAACGAAAAUUGUAUUAUCGAAUAACUAUCCAAAGUCACUUUAAAAUAAAAUAUAUCAUUUAUUGAUUAUAUCUGUGUAAUGUAAUUAGGGUGA